AAAGUAUAGAAGAAAUGCAAAACCAAUGGAUGAGGAGGAGAGACAGAGGAAGAUAGCGAUGGGCAGAGCCAUGGUGGCAAAGUAUAGACAACAACAAGCAUACGCUGAACAACAGAAUGCAUUGAAGAAGAAGAAAAACAUAAAAGUCAAAGAUGAAGAAUUGAUACAAGAAGGUUUGAAUAUUAACCAAUUGCAAACAGAAGAAGUGUCCCUACAUAGCUUUCAAAGAGAAGCAGCUGCUACAUCUGAAUCUAUUACAGUGAGAACCUUGCCCAGUGAUGAAAUGAUCAAGCAUGAUCAAAUAUAUACCACAAAAUUCCAACAAUAUGAAGAAGCAAUAAAAAAAAGGGACAGCAUUAUAAUUCAGCUCACUGCUAAUCUGCAGCAAGCCAGAAUAGAGAGAGAAGAAACUGUGAGUGAAUUUUUGGACUUGACAGAACAAACUGAAAAAUUGCAAAUUCAAUUUCAGCAUUUACAGGCAAGUGAAACUUUAAGGAACAAUAGUUACAGCAGUACAGCUGCUGACUUACUACAAGCUAGGCAACAGAUAUUUGCCUGUCAGCAACAGCUCAAAGAAAAAGAGCAACUGUUGAAAAGCUAUCAGAAGAUAAAUGAAGAUCUUGAAGUGCAAGUUUCCCUUCUGCAACAUAAAAUCAUGGGCAUGGAAAAAUGGAAAGAUGAAGAAAAUUGUUCUACAAAGAAGAAAAUGCACGAACAACAAACAACUAUUGAAGAAUUGAAAACAAAAUGUAAAGAACAUGAAGAAAAUAUGCUUCUAUGUCUGAAAAAAUUAUCAUUUGCUGAGAAAUCUCUAGUGGAAUUAAAAGAAGAGACUUUUCAAAAGAAUCAAGAGCUCCGUAAUGUGAAACUUGAACUAACAAUUUCUAAACAAAAAGAAAAAGAAGGUUCUGAGGAAAUAAAACUGUUAAUGGGAACUGUGGAAGAACUGCAAAAGCAAUUUCACGAAGUUACCCAACAUGAGAAUGAUAUCAAAGAAAAAAUGGAAUUUGAAGCCCAAAGGAAAGUUGCAGAUCUCACGGCAGAAUUAGAAGAAAUGCAUGGCCAGCAGAUUGUACAACUGAAGCAAGUAUUAAUCAGAGAACAUUCAGCAGAAAUCGAAAAGGUCCUUGCCCAACAAAAAGCAGAUUUAGAGAAAGUAUACUCUGAUAAUACUAAUGACCAAAUCCACUUAAUGAAUACUGCAAUUAAUGAUUUGAAUCAGAUGCUUCAGGAUGCUUACAAUCAACAAGAAAAAGUAAAACAUGAAUUAUCCAAGCAGGUUGAACGGUUGUCCUUGGAAAAAUCUUCUUUUCAAAAUCAAGUGGAAGAUCUUUGUCAACAACUGAGCUUUGCUCAGUUCAUGACAAAGAAGGCUAUAAGUGAAAAAGAAACCAAAUUGCAAGAAGUAGAUACAUUAAAAAUCACUAUUGGAGACCUAAAAGCUCAACUUAUUUCAGCCGUAGAGAUAAGGAAAGAACUAGAAAUGAAACAUGAAGUAGAAAUUAUAAACUACCAAAUAAAACUUGAAAUGCUGGGAAGAGAAAAGGAUGCUGUUCUGGACAGGAUGGCAGAAUCUCAAGAAGAAGAACUAGAGAGAUUGAGGACUCAGCUUUUAUUCAGUCAUGAAGAAGAAUUGUCAAAAGUGAAAGAUGAUUUACAAAUAGAACACAAAAUAAAUAUUGAAAAUCUUAAAGAUAAUAUGACUAUGCAAGCUAAACACCAAUUAGAUGAUUUGCAGAAUGAAAUGAACAAAAAAUUAGAAGCUAUGCAGUUCAAAAAUGACAACUUAAUAAAAAUUCAGAAUCAACUCACAUUAGAAAUAGCAAGACUAGAAGAUUUACAUCCGCCUACAGUAAAUACUAACUCAGAAGAAAUGAUACUACUGAUAAAGAACCUAAAGGAAGAGAUAAAAGUUCUUAGACAAGAAGAAAAGAAAAAAUGUAUACUUGAACAGGAGUUGCAACUUAAAACAGAAUUACUUGACAAAAAAAUGAAAGAGCAGGCACAUUAUCUUCAAGAAAAAUAUUUAUUGGUUGAAGCACAAAAUGAUGUUCUUGAAGGUGAAAAUAAGGCUCUACAAGACAAAUUAAACAAAUGCACAGUUAGGAAUGUGGAAGGGAACUUGAUUUUUACUAGUAACAAUUCUAAUUCAGAGGAUUUUGAUUUACAAAACAGAAUAGACAAAUUAAUAGCUGAAAAUGAAAAACUUGUACAACAAGACAUCAAACAAAAAGAAGAGAUUAAUACACUAAAAAACUCAUUUUCACGUGCUGAAAUAAAUUUUAACCACAAUUACCAAGAACUCAAAGAAAAUUAUACUUCUCUUUUAAAAGUAAAAUUGGAUUUAGAAGCAAGCAUGGACAAGAAUAAAGAGGAAUAUAUAGAAAAAGACACAUCAGAACUUAUGGAAAAACUAGAGCUCUCUCAGCAUGAGAAUUUAGAACUUUCAUUAAGACUUUCUGAUCUUUCUGAACAGUUAAAAGUAAAGCAUCAUCAAAUCUGCCAAUUAAAUGCAGAGGUUAUGUGCCUAAAGCAAGAUAAAGAACACAUUUCAGCAAGGUGUAAAGAACUAGAAUUUGUAGUUAGUCACAAAUUGGAGAAGAAUAUUAAUUCUUUUGAACAGGAAACAGAAAAUUGCCGUGGGGAACUAGCCAAAAAUCAGCCUACAGUUAAUGAACCUGGAAACUUUAUUUCUGACUUCAAUCAGACAUUUGACAUAUCAAUAGAAGAAGAAAAUAUUAUACUAUAUUAUAUUAUGCCAAGUGAGCUGUUGGCUCAUAGCAUUCCUGUGGAAGACAUUCUUUAUCAAAAACUGAGCCGAGAACCAGAAUCACUAUUGGAUAAUUUUAAUCAAAUGCAUGAAAUAACAGGAGAUUCCGUGUGUAUGAAUCCUAUGCAAAAGAAAAACAAAGUAAAGGAACAGCUGGAUAUGUUAAAAACUAAGCAGAGCGAUUUAAAUUUUCAGAUGGAGGCCCAAGCUAUUUGUCCCUCUGUGGCUUAUUCAGCGCAUGUGAAUCAGGUGCGUGACUACAUGGAAAAAGAAAAAGAAAAUGCACUUUCUGUUCUUAAAGAAGAUCUCCAGCUAAGUCAUACACAAGAGUUUUAUGAGCUAAACAAAGGCCAGAUUGUGGACAAUCAAAAAACAGAUGAAAAAGACCAAUCUGCAUGGGUGCAUCUGGAAGAACUUAGCAAGAAAGUAGUUGAAGAAUGUUCAAAGCUCACUAAGUCAGUACGUGAAAUUCUUCCUGAACUUUUUUCAAAUGCUACUGAACUUGAUGUUGGUGAGAGAAAUCAAUCUAAUUCAGCAUUAAUGCCAACAGAAGACCCUCAAGUUUUGCAAGAAACCCUACAAAGUCUCCUGAAUAAUAUAAUGGAAAUGUCCCAGAGGCUACUAGAAUAUCAAGUAGAAUUCAUAGAAAGCAGAAUAAAGAUGGAAGAUCAACAGACAUCCCAUGUUGAUUAUAAUGAUAAAGAGACUGGCUCUCUUCAACAGAAUGUAGAAUCUUUGCCUACUGCAUCUCAAGAUCUAGUUGGCAUUAAAGUUAAGUCAGUUUCUCAGGAAGAAGUAGAGAAUUUGCAAUUUAAACUUGAACAACAACAUGCUAAAGAAAUUGGGCAUCUUCGAUCAUAUUUCCUUCAGCAAUUAAAAGAAACCGAAGAAAAAUAUUUUAAAGAGAUAGUUCACCUAGAGAAUAGACUCCAAAUUGCCAGCGAGUCUUCUGAAAAUUCCAGUGUUUCUGUGGAGUCACAUAUAAAUGAAGAUAAGCAGGAACCAAGACAUGCUGAAAGUGAUAUUCGAAAAAAUGCUGAGAAGAUAAUAGAGUUUUCUAAAGAAGCUGCUGAAUUGCUGGAAAAACAGUACCAAGAAAAGAUGCUACAAGAAGUGGCAAAGGUGGUUGUAACCAUGAGUAUAGAAUUUGCUCAGAAAACAGAACGGACGAGAAUUGCUAAUCUAAAGGAAGAGGAAAUUUCACUGAUGAAACCAACAGAAACUCAGCUGGAGAAUAAUUCUUAUAGAAAGGAAUAUCCAGAAAAAUUAAUUUGUCACAUAAAUGAGAAGACAUGCACUAAGCCUGAAAAAGUGUGUGAUAAAAUGUUAUCACUCGAAGGACAAUUUGAAUUUGAUGCUAAACAAGCUACACUACAUGAAGUGCAACAGUUUAAUCCCAAGAUUUCAACAUACUCUUCCUCCCAUGAUGAAGAAUUUAUUGAAAAGAUGCCUAUGAUUACAAAUGCAGUUUCAACUUCCAGCACUAUUCCUUCAACCCAGAUGUUAUCUUAUGAGAAUCGUCUGGAAGAGAUGCGUCAAGAGCUUGUUCGUCAGUAUCAAGAGCAUCAACAGGCAACAGAAAUAUUAAAACAGAGUCACAUGCAGCAAAUGGAGAGGCAGAAGGAAAAUCAAGAGCUUCUCGUAACAGAGCUUGAUAGUCUUAAAAUACAAUUAGCAGAGAAUAUUAGUGAAAAUGCCACAACAGAAAGAGAACAAUUGCUUUUAGAUGAACUAGAAUCACUAAAGAAGCAAUUAAUAGCUGGGAGAGAAAAGCAACUCUCUGAGUUAAAAAACAGCAGUACUCAAACACAGAAUGAAAGUGUGAAUCAAACUGAAAAUAAAGAGCAUGUUUUAGAAGUUGAAGAUGGAGAAGAAAAACAUGAACAGAUGUCUCUCGACAUUCUCUCAAAAGAGAGAUGUACUUUGCAGAAAGCCAAUAAUAGGCUGAUGAAGAUUCUGUUGGAUAUUGCAAAGACUACUGCAGCUGUAGAAGAAACAAUUGGACACCUUGUUGUGAAACUUAUAGAGCAAUUACCAAAAUCUAAGUUCCUUUUUAAAAGUCUUACAUGGGAGAGAAGGGCAGAAGGCACCAUAAAACCAAGCAUCUACGUGGGAUAUGAGCCAGAAAGGCCAUCAUCUCAGUAUAUUGGCAAUGAUCUUGAAAGUCAAGACAAUACCAUGUGGUCAGAAAUCACAGAUGAAGAGUUUGAACUCACCCAGUUCCUUGGCAUGGAAAUAGAUGCAAAAAAUGAAGAGCUAAUUCUAAAUAUCAAUCGCCGAAUUCAAACAGCAUUUGAACUACUUCUUCAAACAAUAAAUGAAACUGCUAAUGAGCUUGAACAUGCAAAAGCUACACAAACAGAAUUGAUGCAAGAAUCCUUUAAAUGGGAACAUGAAGCUACUGAAUUAACCAAAUGUCAGGAAGAAUUGCAAGAAAGGUUUGAUGAAGAGGUCAGAGCUAGAGAGCAGAUAGCACGGGAACUUAGCACAGCAGAGUCUCUUAUUGAUAGUUAUGCAGAUGAAAAAUUAUUUUUGGAAAAACAAAUCCAGGGAAAGACAGAGGUAAUAGAGGAUCUUGAACAAGAGCUACAUCGUACAGGUAACAAAUUACAGGAACUAGAGGCUGAGAGACAGCAUCUUCAAGAAGAGAAAGAAUUGCUCUUCAGGCAAAAGGAUGCUAUGAAAGCUGAUGCAGGACCCAUAGAACAACGCCUAGUAGAUGCUGCAGUUGAUGCAGCUUCCCAAGCAGAGUUGUUGUCAGAGACAGAAAAGUUAAUGAAAGAAAAAAUAGAAGUGCAGCGGCAGGCUGAAAAAGAAUACAAUUUUCUUCAAAAACAUGCGAAAGCCUUGGAAAGUGAUUUAGAGGAGCAGCUCAACCAGUUUUUGGAGCUAGACCAAGAAAAAAAUUCAGAGAUAAUGGAUCUAAAGCAGAAAAACCAAGCCCUAGAGAAACAGCUUGAGAAAACAAAAAAAUUUCUAGAUGAACAGGCAAUUGAUAGGGAGCAUGAGAGAGAUGUUUUCCAGCAAGAAAUACAAAAGCUUGAGCAACAGCUUAAAAUUCCUCAAAGAUUUCAACCAGUCAGUGAACAUCAAAAUAGAGAGGUUGAAGAGUUAACAAAUAAUCUUCAAGAGAAAACAGAUAAAUGCAGUGAGCUUUUGCUCUCUAAGGAGCAACUUCAGAGAGAUGUGCAAGAACGGAACGAAGAAAUUGAGAAAUUAGAAUGUAGAAUCCAAGAACUGGAACAAGCUUUAAUAAUCAGUGCAGACAAUAUACAAAAGGUGGAAGAAAAAAAGAAAUUUGGGUCUGCAACUAAAAGGGGGGACUUGCCUCUAGAAGCACAGCUACAGGCAGAGCAAGAUGCCCUUGACAGGAAGGAAAAAGAGAUCAUAAAUCUUGAAGAACAGUUAGAACAGUUCCGUGAAGAACUGGAAAACAAAAACGAAGAAGUGCAGCAGUUACAGAUGCAGCUACAAAUUCAGCUAAAAGAGUCUACAACUCGACAACAAGAACUUGAACAAGAAAAUAAAUUAUUUAAGGAGGACAUGAAACAAUUGGGUCAAGCUAUCCAGAAUCCUGAAGAUACUUCUAUACAGGGUCAUCAUCAAGUUCCUGAAAAAUAUAUAGAGAUUAUACAGGAAAAGGAACAGAAAAUCCAUGAGCUCCAUGAACAAAUUUCAAAAUUUCAACAGCAGAUGGAAAUUACAACAGAUAAUAAAUUGGUUGAGCACAUAAAAGAACUGGAAGCCCAAAUAGAAAUUUUAAAGAGUGAUCAAGAACGUGUCAAGCAGAACCAUGAACAAGAAAUAGAACAGCUAAAUGAAGUCAUUGAAAAACUCCAACAUGAAAUGGGGGAAAUUGAACACAAGAUACUUUUGGACAGUUCACUGACCCAAGAAGAUGUUGAUAAUUUAAAACACCAGCUUGAUGUUGUAUUGGCAGAAAGGGAAGAUUUAGUGAUGAAACUGGAAAAUAAUGUUAAGCAGUUAUGCACAGCAAAGAAUGAACUUGAAUUUGAACAAAUUAACAUGGUAGAAUUAAAGAUAGAACUAGAUAUACUGAAAGAAGAAAUUGAAAAAAUUAGAGAAAACCCUGAAUUAAAUAUAAAGAGACGCCAACCACAAGAUAAACAAAUAAUUACAAAGAUAGAAGAAGAUGCUUCUGGAACAAGUAUAAAUUUUCAGAUGGUUGAGAAAGCUCUAGAGGAGAAGGAUUUAGAACUAAUCCAAAGCAACAAGGAUUUCAAGGAUUUCAAAGACCAAGCCCAUAUGGCAUCAAACAAGGUCGAACAAAGAAUAAUGGAGCUAGAAAAAGGCCUUGAAGAAAAGGAACAAAAGUUUGCUGCACUCCUUCAACAUCAAGCUGAAUUCAAUGUAGUUCUGGAGCAAAUUCAGUGUCCCCCCCUGGCAGCUGUAGCGUCAGAAAAUAACAAAGAAGCCCUCUGUAUUCAAUUAGAAAAUGCAAAAUAUAUAGGUAGGGAAGAUGCAACAACUAGGUUAUUAGAGCUAUCAGAAAAACGUUCAGAGAUGCAGAGGCAACUGGCAGAUGCACAAAAUAACCUUCAACUAGAAAGAACAAAAGUGGAAAUUGUACCAAAGGGGACAAAAGAAAAGGAAGAGAGCGUUGAACAAUUGCUAAACGAAAUAGAACAAAUACAGAAAAAGGAGAAAUUGUCAAGUUCCGAGGAAAAUAUGCAAACUCAGGGCUUGCUAAGAGCUAUUUAUCACGAGGGCACACAAGUACUUUCGCUCACAGAAUUUCUUUACAAUGAAGGUGAAGUUUUUCCUAUUAAUCAAGAACUAGUACCUUGGCUAGAAGAACGCAAGGCUUUCUUAAGCAGUAUUUUAUCUCUGAAGGAGUUAAUUGCUAAAAUGCAGAUUCACAGACAAACUAAGUUUUGUGUAGCAUCUGAAGCUUCUGACAGUGUCUCAGAUUGGAGGGCUGAACUACUCUGUGCUGUUCAACAAAUUUUCCAAAAAGAAAAAGAUAUUCUUCUAGCAGCAGUUCGAACUGAAUUGGCAGAAGCUGGUGUACAAGAUGCUUUGGGACUAAUAAAUCAACUGGAAAGCCGAUUUCAUGAGCAGGUGACAUAUCAGAGGAAUGCUUUGGAUUUCAUUCAGCAUGCAGAUAGACAAAGUUUGUUAAUGGAAAUCAAUACUUUGCAUGAACAGCUAAACAGGCAAGGUGAAGAAAAAGAAAUCCAUCCAAAAUGUCAAGAACCUUUGGGAUACAAUAUGGAAAUGCAAAUAGAGCUCAAAAAUACUAAGGACAGAACAGCUGAACUUCAAGAGCAGCUCACUUCUGAAAGGAUGGUGGCUGAAGAACUGAAAAAUGAACUUGGGCAAACCAAACUGGAAUUGGAAACAACUCUAAAAGCACAACAUAAGCACUUGAGGGAUCUGGAAGCUAUCAGAAAUGAACUUAAGGGAAAGACAAUUGAACUUGACAUCUUACAAAACACGAUUACAAAUGAAAGGAAGAAAUCAAUGGAGUUUCAAUGGGCUCUGGAAAAGGAGAAAACAAAAGUGGGACACAGUAAAAAAAGAGAAAAACAAGAAAUUGAGGAUUUGAAAUUUACUUUUGAAAAUGAAAGACAGAAGAAUAUAGAACUGAGUAAGCUUUUGGAACUUGAAAGACAGCUGUCAAAUGAUUUGCAAAAGAAGAUUGAAUCCCAGGAGGCAUUAAAUGAGGAGCACAAGUUUGACCUUCAAGUACUGUUGGAAUCUGAGAAGCUCAAAGUUGUGGAGCUGUGCAGUGCCCUAGACAAAGAAAAAGACUUGCACAUCCAGCUCCAGAUGAUUGAACAGAUAAAGCAGGAUGGAAGUUCUGCACAUUCAGAUGAAUUGCUCAAAGAUCUGCAAAAGCAAUUGAAUGAAAAGCAUGACCGUAUAGUUCUAAUGGUUAAUGAAUUGGAAGAGAACAGAUUGAAAUGUGUGAAAUUGGAGCAACUGUUGGAAAAAGAGCAGCAGAGAAAAACUAUACAGGACGAACAAGAUGUUAAUAUCUUGGCACAACAAACAAUACAUGAGCUGGAGUCCCCAGUGGAAGAGUUGCAGUGGCAAAUUGAAGAAAUGAAACAACAAAUUCUUAAGUCGCUGGGUAAAGAAGAGAAACAGCAAGAAAUGGUUGAAGAGUUACAGCAAAAAAUGCAGAGAAAAGAGGUAGGAUCGCAGGUGGAAAAAGCAACAUGUCAGGCUGUAAAUGAGGUUGCUUCAGAAGAAUCUAGUGAGCGAACAAGAAAGUGGAUUUUCCAGCAGAAAAUGGGAGCAGCUGAAACAAAAGAAUUAUCUUACUCUUCCUUAAUGGGCAUUGGAGAAGAAGGAGAAGGUGAUGCCUCCAGACAAUCUGAAGAGAUUGAGAUGAUUCGGCAGAAGAUCAACAAUGUGUCUUCCAAGUUGAAACCCUUGGCCAAUAAAGCUGCUUGCAGAUUACCCUUUGAAAAAUCAGAUGAUGAAGAUUUAAUUGGAAUACAACAUGACAUAGAAGACGUUCUAGUAAAAUUGCAAGUGCUCGCUGAUUUAUAUAGUGUGGAGGUUAGUUCAAUUUCCCCAUCUUCAGCCUCAUUGAUUGAAGGACUGCUAAAACAGUAUUCUGAAUUGAAUGAGCUUGUGAAAAGAUUGGGAUCAGAAAAGAUGGCUAUGAGGCAAGAAAUGAUAAAGCUAGAAAAGGAACUUCGAAGUUAUAAAGGCAAAGGACCUUGUGGAGACUCAUCAUUACAUAAUGGAAGAAAUAAUGAUGCACCGAUUACAUCUGAAAAAGAAAUCUGGCAUAAAGAGAAAUUAAGUCUUCUAAAGAAUUCAGAAAUUAAAUUAACGAAGUUUAAAGAACUAAAAAAUGAAGCUUUCUUGAAAGAACUGGAAUCAGAGUCUGAAAAUGCAGCUUUAAAGAUAAUUUAUGCAAAAUAUCUGAGAGCAGAGAGCUUUCGAAAGGCUCUCAUCUAUCAAAAGCAAUAUUUGCUGCUCUUAUUGAAUGGGUUUCAGCAGUGUGAAGAAUUCACUACAACUGUUCUUGCAAGAAUGGAUGGGCAGCCUCCCUUCGUUCAACUGGAGGCCAUUACACACCAUUCAAAAAGUUUUACCCGAUUUCGCUCAGCUGCUAUAGCGCUAAUUGCAAUUUCAAGAAUGAAGUCGCUGGUUCAAAAAUGGAAACGAGUUACUGCUUAUCAUUUAACUGGCAUAAACCUAGAAACUUCUAGCCAGAAUACAGAUAACGAGUUACAGUCCAAUUCAUUUUCUGGUAGUCUGGAACUCUCUGGAGAACAUAGAGCUGCUUCUUAUAGAUCCAAAUCAGAACUGGAAUCUCUCAGAUCUCCUUCUUCUUAUCAAAAUAGGUAUCAGGGCGUCCAUACUGAUGUCAGCCCAGCAUCCCCUGCAUCUUCUCAGCUGCAGAAUUACGAUCCUGAUGGAUCUUUAACAGAUUAUUUUAAUCGUCUGAAGUCCCUACAGAGACGACUUGGCCAGGUACAGCCAGCAUCUUCACAAAUUCAGCUGCAUUCUGCUCUCCGAAGAUAAUCUUUGAAAUAUUUUUUCCCACCAAUAUUAACAUAAAAUGAAAUGCCUUCUGCAAAUUAUCCUGCUGCUGUGCUUUUGUACAAUGUUGUGGGACCAACAUGAACACAGUUCAACAAUUGUAUGCAGCUGACCUUGCUGGCACCACACCAAGAUUAUAAGUUAUGUAAAAAGUUAGGCACUUUUUGUUGUUGUUUGAGCCUGGUUAUUAAAUCUCAUGUAUAUUUGUGGAAUGCUAAUUUAAACACUUAAAUUAUUAAAGUGUGUAUUUAUCAAAUGGAUUAGAGGGUGAAACUUUUUAAGUAUUGAUAUUACUGAAUGCAUAGGAGCACAAAUCCCCCCCCCCCCCCCCCCAAUAAGGUCUAAGUGAAGGACUUUUCACAAUUUUAUUCUAUUUGCUACUGGCAUCGCAGAGAGAAAUAUCACUUCUAGAGACCUAUUUUUGUACAGGUAGAACUUUGGAUUUUCUGGUUAUUUUGUCAAAGUGCUGAAAUAAAGAUGAUUUCAUCAUUUUAA